AUGCCGUCGUCCGUGGAGGCCUCUGGGCCUCUGUCGCUGUCCCCGGCGCCAUCUUCGACGUCCUCCACGUCCUCCACGUCCUCCCUAGACGCCUUACUAGCCGCUGAGGACCCGAACCCGCUGCUCCCGCCGCCCCAAAUGACCGCGCACCGCGUCAUCUUCGGGCGCAAUGUCAUCCAAGUGCCGCUCAAGCAGGCGGCGACCAACGAGUACGUGAACCUGGUGCUGUCCCAGCUCGAGUUCGACGCCAUGGCCGUGCACGUCCCGCAGUACGAGGAGCUGCCGCCCGAGGAGCUGCUGGAGCGCAUCACGCAGCUGCUCAAGGAGCAGGAGACCCGGAAGCGUCAACGCCUGGGCUCCAGCAGCUCCGUAGGCGGGGAGCAGCCCUCAGCAGCAGCUGGGGACUCGCUCGCGGCCUUCCAGAGCCGCCUACUGGAGCUCGAGUACGAGCGCAAGCGGCUGCACACGAAGCUCAAGGGCGCCAAGGCGCUGCAGAUCAGUCUGACGGAGGAGAACACGGCGCUGAGGGUGCAGCUGGAGCAGGCGGAGCAACAGGCCGUGGAUGUGGAGGAGAUUCUACAGGAGAACGAGCUGCUGAGGUACCAGACGCUGCACUUGGGUGGGGACGUGUCCAAGUGGAAGAACGUGGCCAUGCAGACGCUGCAGCAGUUGAGAGCGUUGAAGCAGGAGUUGGUGAUGGUGAAGCAGCAGGUGAAGGACGAUAGCGACGAAGCGGCGCUGACGGUGGAGGACGCCAUGGCUAUGGUGGUGGAGGAUGCUAAUAGACGCGAACAGGUGCUGCAGCAGAGCUACCUGGCCGAGAAGAAGGAGAGGGAGACCAUGGCGGAGAAGUACUAUGAACUCUCUGGGAAGGAGUUUGCCUUUGAUCAGGUGUUUGGACCGCAGAGCACGCAGGCGGACGUGUACGCGCAGAUUGAGCCGCUGGUUGUGUCGUUUACGGAUGGAUAUAACGCGUGCAUUAUGGCCUACGGACAGACUGGAUCGGGUAAGACACAUACGAUGGUGGGGAAUGACCAAGGAGCGCUGGAACACCGUGCCAAUGGGCUUACGGUGCACGCCAAUGCGGGUGUGAUCCCGCGCGCGCUUCAGCAAGUGUUCUCUAUGGUGAAUAAGCGCCAGAUGACGUACUUGGACACGCUUCGUGUGAGUAUGGUGGAGAUUUACAACGACCAGAUUCUGGACUUGCUUCAUGAGGACAGCUGCGGGGCUGGCAAGAAUGCAGUGGCGAAGAACGAGACGGACAUCACUGCGCGCGACGUUAACAGCUACGCUCAGGUGGAUGCGGUUAUGCGUGAUGGCAACGCCAACCGCAAUAUUGCUGCUACCAAGAUGAACCUGGAAAGUAGUCGCUCCCACGCGCUGGUGUUCCUUCACCUCGAUAGCCAACACCGCGAGACCCGUGAGAUGCGCACCAGCACGUUGUGUCUGGUGGAUUUGGCUGGCUCGGAGCGUAUUUCUCGUAGUCAAGUGGAGGGUGAUCGAUUGCGUGAAACCCAACACAUUAACAAGUCGCUGGCGGCGCUCGGAGACGUGGUCUACGCGCUGCAGCACAAGGCGAAGCAUACGCCGUACCGGAACUCGAAGCUCACGUACAUGCUGCGCGACAUGUUGUCAGGACAAGCAAAGACGCUGAUGAUGCUGCAGCUGAGUCCCGAUACAGCUGACAUGGAGGAAACGACUUGCUCGCUGCAGUUUGGUGCUCGCGUCAGCCAGGUGCAGAUGGGUGCUGUGCGCCCUAGUGUGGAAAGUGGCGCGCUUUUCAAGCUGCAAGAAGAGAAUCGUGCCCUCGAAGCGAAGACGCUUGCUAUGGAGACUCAAGUGAACGACUUGCAGCGGCAGUGCCAACAGCAAGGAGAUGAACUACGCGAAGCGCAGAGCAGCAAGGAAGCGCUGGAGCGGCAGCUGUGGCUCCUCGGUGGCAGACAGCGUGGAGAUAAGGCCCCUGCUGAGCUGGACCACGACGAGUUGCCACCGGAGGAUCGAUCUCCGUCACCGUCGAGACCGCCAAGCCCCACGCCUUCAGCCAAGUCUAGUCGAAGCGCUUCGUCCGCGACGUCAGCUCGGUCAGCACGAUCCGGACGUGUACGAAGCGCACAGCCAGCGGCAUCCACAUCCCAGCGCUCGACUGUACGACGACCACAAGUGGCAGCAUCACCGCGUGGGUCAGGAGCAACUCGAACCCAAGCACCAGCUACUCCUACUUCUGCAGUGUCUCGACUGCGCCGACCCGAAUCGAUGCUGGAGCGUGAGGAACGACGUAAAUCUUUGUCUGCCACUUAUCGGGACAAGGUGGUGGCUCCCGAGGUGCGGCGCAAGUCGCUCUCGGCAACGACUGCUAGCAGACUUGUAGACAACGACUCAAGGCGCAAGUCCUUGUCUACUCUUCAGACGCGUUCAAUGUCUGGGCUGGCAACACCUCGAUCUACGCGAACGAAGGAGGCCCCGACGUCGGAGGGUCGAGUUCCAUUGCACCCUCCUUCUAGGACUCGGCCAGCAGGGUCGCCGGCGACGCCAGCCUCAGCGAGACAGAGAGCGUCCGCAAGCCGGCUCACGAGGCCGCAGUCUGAUAGAGCAGUGGGUUCGUCCACUCCCCCAGCGUCGUCUCCAUCUUCUGUGUCAUCAACAGAUAGCAGAGCCAGCCGUGUGUUGAAUCGAGCAGCCUCAACCCCAUCCAGAACCCCCAGCAGAUCUGCGACUAGAUCCGCUGUGGGCACGCCAAAGACUAGCGGUGAUACGCGCCGCUCUUCAUUGACCAGUACUCGAACUGCCCCAUCGUCACCACCAGGCGCCUCAGCGCGCCGGUCAAUGGCCAGCUCUCACUCCGGCUUCGGAUGGAAAUAA